CGGGGGCUAUCGAGGGCCGGGCCGGUGUCACAGCCCGGGGCCCAUCGGGGGCUAUCGAGGGCCGGGCCGGUGUCACAGCGCGGAGCCCAUCGGGGGCUAUCGAGGGCCGGGCCGGUGCCACAGCCCGGGGCCCUGCCGGUUAUAGUUGUUUCCAUUCAGCCCUCGGUGUUUACCCCACGAUCGGCGUCUUCCUCAGGCAAACAAGGCUGUAGGCCUGAAGGUGAAGCAGCCACAGCCCGGCCUCUUGUGUUCGGUUGAAAAGAUGGGGAAUGCUGAAAGCAAUGCCUAUCAGAAUCACCUUUCCAGAUUUCUUCCAGAGGAGCAGUCUGACAUUGAUGGACUCUUUGAUACCUUAUCAGGAUCCAGUGGCUCAUCUGGAGCAAAAAAUGCCAAAGCUGCAAAGAAAACUGUGACUCUGGCAGCACUACAGGCACACACCCGGGAGCCCCUGCCAGAGGCAAUGACUGCUCGGUUGUACAGUGGGAUGAAAAGCAUUGACCUGCCUGGCAAAUCAGCCGGGCUCAGUGAACAGAUUGCCAAGGAGCAGUUUGUAAUUUUUAUGUCCAACCUCCUAAAAGGGAAUGCAGAUGAGAAGAUUAGCAUCAUAAUGAGAAUGAUCGCCAAGACGGGAGGGCCUCUGAAGGGCAAACAAAUCCAAGAGUUCACAGAGGAUCUGAUCACAUCUGUAGUCCACGUACUGAGCUACAGGAAGGAGCUGAAGGGUUGGAGUUUGGAGAAUACAAGGGAUUCUUCAAGUGGAGUCAAAGCUUUGGCUUCUGAGCUGCUCUCAGAAUUGAAACUUCCAGAUGGGACAAAACCCGUGGGUUCUCAGCUGCUGGAGACGAGUUUUGACCAGAGUGUCAUUGAGGACUGGGUGUACAGAGUCCCCCAGAUCUCAGUUUUCCUCAGUGUUGUCAUCAGGCAAGGCCUCCACGUCCUGCAUUCCCUCCCAGACCAAACCAACGACAUCCUCAACCUGGUUCCUCACUGCAAAGGCAUCAAAGGAAGAGGAGUUGUCAGUCUCUUUGACAUCCCAGCCAUCAUCUACAUCAACUCCCACCUGCCUGCAGAGAUGCAGCACAAGUGGCAGCUUUUAUUUUCCUCCAGGCUCCACGGGGAAAGCUUCUCCCAGCUCUGUGCCCAUAUAGUGAACAAAGGUCCUUGCAUAGUGAUCAUAAGGGACUUGGAUGGUUUCAUCUUUGGUGGGUUUGCAUCUCACUCCUGGGAGGUGAAGCCACAGUUUCAAGGUGACAACAGAUGCUUUCUGUUUUCUGUUUUCCCCACUCUGGCUGUGUACACAUACACAGGCUACAAUGACCACUACAUGUAUUUAAACCAUGGCCAACAGACUAUGCCAAAUGGACUUGGUAUGGGUGGGCAGCAUGGCUACUUUGGGCUCUGGAUAGACAGUGACUAUGGGAAGGGGCACAGCAAAGCCAAACCUCGCUGCACCACCUACAACAGCCCCCAGCUGUCAGCCAAAGAGGAUUUUACACUGGAUGCCAUGGAAGUUUGGGCAGUGGGAGAUGCUCCUGAGAGUGCAGGGAAGAAAGGUAAGAAGAGUAUCCUGGAUGUGGAUCCUCAGGCUCAGGCCUUGCUGGAAAUGGCUGGGAAAAGCCGUCAGAGCGAGGGCCUGCGGGAGCCCAUGGAAGAGGAAGAAGGUGAUGAUGAUGAGAACUAAAGAAGCCACAGUAACAUGUAAAAACUUCACUUUGGUUUUCUUCAAGUGCUGGUGAUGUUCCUUGGACAAGAUAUUCCUUUUUUUUCUCCUUGAAUGUACCUAACUGUCUGGGACAAAGCUUAAGCCUUGUACUUGUGUAAUAUUUAGGUGUAAAGCACUAAUCUGCCUGCAGGGUUUUGUGUGGGGAGGACAGAAAAAUUACCUGGGGACAAAAUCAUUAGGCAUAGCUGAGCUCCAGCUGAAUAUAAAUCUGCUUUCAUUCCCCAUAGAUCAUGUCUGCACACUGAAUUAAAAGCAGCAGAAGUUAUUGACAGUGUGGCUUUCUGUCCUGGAGAAUUGACAUGUACAUAGCUGUAUAUUUAUAAAACCUGUUCCAGGCACUGAUUAAAGCUCUUAUACCUCAACUGCACAUAUUUAUUUGCAUGCAAUGGAAUUAGUCAGCAAAGCUUACAGACUGGCACAAUGUCUUACAGUGCUGAACAUAGAAUAGCCCACAUGAUGCCAUAUGAAGGGUGCUAUAAAUCUGCAUUGCUUCAGUUAAAGCAUUAAAUUUCGAGCUUUCUAAGUCAGAUUUUCAGCAGCUGAUUCCAUGCGAGCUGUAGGAUGUCACACAAGUUUUAUAGUACUACACUCUCCCUAGUGCAGCUCUCUUCAUCUGUUUCUGCAGAAACUUGUCUGUUGCUUUGUAAACUUAGACCAGAAUCAUCGGAGCCAUAUUUAUCCUAAAAAUACCUCCAGCAGAAUUCCCUAGAGAAGGUAAAUUCUUCAGUAGCCUCAUGAGACUGGAGUAAAAGGCUGUAAAAAAGGUUGAGUAAGAAGGAGCCACAGUUAAUUGAGAAUGGAAUCUGCAGAUAUUGUGAAAGAAAUAAAAAUCAGGGUUAUGUCUGUAAAAUGUUUAAAGAAGAUUGCUGUACACUUUAUUUUCACAUAAUGAAUCAUUAUUAUGGAAAAGGAUCCCCACAAUGUGAAAUGCAGUUGUUGGAGUUUGUGCUCUGUUUUGUGACUCUUCACCACUCACCACCAGUUUUGUCAGGUCUCUUAUACUCAGGACUUUUUCCACUUGAAUUAGUUCCCAUCUCUCAGUAAUUAUUAGUUUGACCUUGCUAAUUCCAUCUGUAAUUGACUUGUCAAAACUAACCCUGAUUUUUAGCAGGGGCUGCAAUUUCUAACUCAGCAACAAGUGUUUGGUUAUCAGUGUCUCUGACUGUCAGUUUUUCUCCUCCUGAGGAGAAGGACUGUGUCCAAUCCCCUUUGUGCUGGCAUGAAUUUGUCUUCUUUGCAGCUUAGAGAAAAAUAUUAUUCUAUAAUUUCUGCUCAUGUGGCCUUCCUUAAAAUUAUUUCCCUUGGUGUUUUCUUGUAUGAGAUUUUCCCCCACCUGUUGUUUUUCAUAGGGAGCCAGAUUUGAAUAUUCUGAACAAUCUGCACUUGUGCCUUAACAUAGAUCUCAUUUGUAAAAAUUAGAUGAAUUUAGUUUUGAAAGGAGAGCAUGAACAAAUCACUGCAGCCAGGUAUCCUAGGGCUCAGCUGUGUGUUUUGUGGAGUACCUGAACUAAUGCUUGGGGCAUUUCCAUGCUGUUUGUUGCAGUACAGAGAGUGCUGUGAAAGGCCUGGGAGAAUGUCCUUUUAUGCUGUACUUGCUUAGGGAAACCAGAUAAUCUCCCAGGUUUGUAACACACAGAAAAAAAUAAGCAUCAGAACAACUGCACUGAUACUUUUGUAUAGUUUUCUUCUCUCUCUAUAUAAAUAAUAUUAAAUUUUACAAUGUAAGGAGUAGUAAGUACAUGAUGCUGUAAGUGUGGUAGUAGCAGCUUUUGUUUGAACAUUCUCAAACUCCCACCAUGAGUCUCAGAGGUUUUUUUCACUUAACAGUGACUAAGCCAAUUAAACACUCACAUGUAGAUGGCACACAGGCUGAGACAGUUGAAUUUCUGCAGUUAAACAUAAAAUAAUCAGCUAGACUUUAUUCUCCUUCCAUUACAAGGCAGAAGCUUGUUUUUGAGAACUAAAACCAUCUGCAAGGGUAUAAAAAAACUGAAUUGUACAAAGCUGCUCUCCACAAAAAAUAUUUCAGUGGGCAGGUUUUCUUUGAGUUUUAAUAUCAGUAAAGCUGUUUCUUUCUAGGUUAUGAACCCAAAAUAUAAUCCUGCUUGAACUCUUGUGACAGCAUAGCAUUGUGACCUCUGAAAUUGUAGUUUUUUGACAAGUUUGUGUCUGAGACUCUUCCUCUUCACUUUGAGGGUGUUAAACUGGGGCAAGAAAACUGACACUGGCACUUUAGCAAAUGUCUCAGUGAAACAUUGUUUACUAGGACACCACUGAUCCAACCAGCAGAUGGGAUUAUUCCAAAUUGUUCUUUAAAUGUAAAAGACGAGCUUGGGAAAGACUCAAUAUUUAUUUUAACCUGAACUUAAUCAUUAAGAAAUCUGGGCUUCAUGUUCAUGCACCUAAAAAUGUCCAGAAAGCUUUUGUCAGCAGUGGGCUUAGCUGUGAUCUGAACAGCUCAGUCCCUUCUGUGCAGUUUUGGCCCAGCUGCACAGCCCAACAUCCCUGCUCUGUUCCUGACUCAUCUUUAUUCUCAGGCUCUUUGGAAGUGAGUCCCUUUCCCAUUAAAUCCAUCCUCUGCUGAGCACUGGGUCUGAUCAGCCUUCCCUUCUUCUCCUGUCAGGCACACAGGUACAAAACCUGACAGCUGGGGGUUGGCACUUCAGCUCCCUGCUCCACGGUUUCCUUGCUGAGUCAAGGCUGGAAAUCUGGGAAUCCACAGACACUACAGAUUGAAGGAAAAGAAAUGCUUCAAGGCAGGUCUUUUCCACUCUUCUAGUGAAACAUUAAAGGAUGUGUCUAAAUCACGAGUCUCACUCAGACACUUGUCAGUAACAUUUUAAAAUGUAGAUUUUAUUAAUAAAAAUGAUUUUGAUUUAAAUAAAUAAAAUUUCAGUUUAUGCACAAUAGA